AUGAGUGAGGAUUUAUUUAGCAAAGCGUUACAGGACGAUGGUUUAGAAGUUGAGUUACCUAAAUUAGAUCAGAAUGAUAUGGACAACAUUACAGUGGACGAGGCAGAGUUGGAAGAAGAUCGUAAAGAAAUAGACACCGGUUCAAAAUCACACUGGGAGUCAGAAUCGGAUUCAGAUUCGGAUUCGGAAUCGGAGGAAAGUUCAGCUUCAAGCGAUGCUUCAUCUGACAAUGAGUCAAAUGAUGAAAUUGAAGAUGAUAUCGAAGAAGAAAACAUGGAGGGACCGAUAAAAUCAAAACAUGAAACGCUGGAGGAAGAAUCAGCAGAGAUUCCUGCCGAUUAUCAGAUCAGUGAAACUACAGUAUUAAAAAGCAUAGGUACUAUUAAAUCUCUAUACAACAACAAUGUUAUUGUAGAGACUUCGACAUCUGGUGAAAAUCGAGUAUUGAAGGACGGUUCAAUCUUUUGUUUGUCGAAAGAGAAAAAACUACUGGGACGAUUAGUGGAAGUUUUUGGGAAAUUGACCUCUCCAUUAUAUAGGGUUUUAUUGCCAAAGGAUGCUGAUAUGUCGGAAUGGAAAGAAAAAGUGGGCGAAGAUGUUUCCAUCAUAGUGAGUGAUUCUGCUUGGGUUGAUACGUUCAUGAUAAGAAAAUUCAAAGGUACAGACGCGUCCAACGCAUUUGAUGAGGAAUUACCAGAAAGUGAACAAGAAUUCUCGGAUGAUGAAAAGGAAAUGAAUUAUAAAAAGAUGAAAAAACAACAAAGGAAAUCAAAUAAAAACGAAAACAAUGCUACUAAGAAAGUCCAAAAGCCAAAUGCUAACAACAACAGUAACAGGAGGAAUAUUCCUAAAUCACAACACCCUGCCACCAGAUUUCCAAGUUAUCAGGCCCAACCGAGCAAUGAGAAUACCAGAGUUUCAUCAUACAAGCCACGUAAUUCAAGAAAUCAAAAUGUGGAUAGUUCGCAAACCAAUUACGAUGCUAUCCAACAAAACACUACUCCAGUGUAUCCACCCGUCUCGCAAUUUAACCCUCAAAAUAAUUUUAAUAAUUUUAAUCCCAACAUGAAUAUGAACAUGAAUUUGAUGAAUACGAAUAUGUAUCUGAAUGCUGGCCAAAGUAUCUCUGCAAACUUCAAUACUCAACAGCCACAAAUGUAUCCGUUACUUGGAAACCAAUUUUCUACUCCUGCUAUGCCACCAAUUCAGCCACUGAUUUACCAAAACCAACCAUCAUUCAAUAACAAUAACAAUAACAUAAACAAUCAAAAUUCAUCGCAAUCUCAUAUGAACCAAGUAUUACAAUUGCAUAGUUUGUUAUUACAACAGCAACAGCAACAGCAACAGCAACAGCAAACAUAUACCAUGAAUGGUGAUAAGCAUAAGGAUAAUGGAAACUCGUACAAAAACAAUAAUGAAAAAAGUAAUUUUUAUCAAUAA